CCAUGCAGAAGCCGGGCGGGACCCUGAGCGCCGCGGUCCGGGAGCACCUGAGGCGCUUGUGUCUGCGCGAGUUCCCGUGCGGCGCUGGCAGCUGGAAUAAGUCACGCUUUCUUCCUCGAACGUGGCGAACAUGGAAGGAGCUGGUCCCCAGAGAGGAGGAGGCCGGGAACCCUGGGGAAGAGACAGUGGAGGCGCUCCUGGGCCUGGUCCGCAGCCCCAACUCACCCUGGGCUCUGCCGGAGGGCUCCAGUGCAGAGGACCAUUUUCUGAAGGAACUGGCCAUCCGGAAUCCUCUGGUGCUCAAAGACACCUUCUUCUACUCCUACUUCAGGUCCCUUCGGGUGGUGGACAAGCAGGUGAGCCUGGUGGAUAAAGGUCUCCUGAAAUUUCUGAAACUUGAAGAGUUGGUACUGAGUGCCAAUCAGAUCAAGGAGAUAGACGCCAUCAACCUGCCGCCAACGCUCAAGGUGCUGGAGCUCUAUGGCAACAAAAUCAGCAGCGUGGAGUGUCUGUGCACUCGCCCGCCCCCACAUCUCCAGCACUUGGGGUUGGGUCACAACAAGCUUCUGGGCCCCUUGGAAAGUCUCUAUGUCACCGCAGACUACUGGCCCAACCUCGUCUCCCUGGACCUGAGCUUCAACGACCUGACGGACCUGCAGGGCCUGAUUGCCAGCCUCCGCACCCUCCCGCACUUGCGGGUGCUUGUGCUCCAGGGGAACCCGCUGGCCCUGGUGCCCUACUAUCGAGGCUUCACCAUCGACAGCCUGCCCCGGCUCUGCGUGCUGGACGACAUCACCGUGUCUCCCAGUGAGAAGCAUCAGUUCCGGGGGCUCAGCCGGAGUGGGGACCUCUUGGCCCGUGAGGCCCAGCUUGUGGUGACUAUUGGAAACGUCAAGGGCAUUCUGGACACCUCUAUCCUGGACCCAGAGCCCGGGCCUCAAGGCCCUUUUAUCUCAUACAGCUAUUACGUGACCUACGACUUUGUGGAAGAUGAAGAAGGAGAAAGAAGCGCGCACGGUGGCGUGCUGGCUGAGAUCGUCAAGCCCUCGCCCAGCACCGAACAGCUGGGCGAGGACAUCCCUGAAGAGCUCUUCGGGGAGGCCGAAGACUCCCCGGAGUCCGGGCUGUCCAGCCAGUCGGGAGAGCUGGAGGAAUCGGGGGCCUCGGAGGGCUCGGGGCACCUGCCAAGGGUGACCGACUCCGCGGAGGAGCUGGCCAAGUUGCGGCCGCGAAUAGAUCCCCGGCUCUGCCCCUCCCCGGGGACAGUUCUCUUCAGCACUGUCCGUAAGCCCUGGACUGACGUCAUCCCCUGCCACUACGAGAUGCAUCACACGCUCCGGGACCUCGUGCCCCUCAAGGCCUUCCUGCUGGCAGGGACCACCGUGACCAUCGUGGAGGAGAAGAUUCUCUCCUGGCCUCCAGUGCCUUCACCUGUCGACGCUGUGUUGUCUUCCAAGAGCGGAAAAGGGGAGAAGGACAAGAAGGGGCAGAAGGACAAAGACAAGAAGGGAAAGGACCAGAAGGACAAGGCUGGGAAAGGGGAGAAGGAGACGGUGCCAAAGGAGCAGAAGGCGUCCAAGAAGAAGGAGCUUCCCAAGGAGCUCCGGCAGGACCCGCCCAUCCUGCGGGUGCUGGGCAGCGGCUUGGUGGCCUUGGAGCCCCUGCUGGUGGGGGAGCCACUGGUGUCCGAAGUGUGCAACUUCGGGGUGGUCCGCACCUUGGAAACUGACAACCUGAUUGCUCUCAGGGAUGCAAAGAAGAACAAGAACAAGAAAGCUAAAAAAGAGAAGAAUAAGUCUGCGGUUCACAUGGACGACGGCGACUACCAGCCGCAGCCCCUGACCGUGGAGGUGCAGGUGCAGCUGAACCAGUACCGCUCGGCCGAGGAGGCGCUCCGGGAGAUGUCUCUGUAGCGCGCGGGAUUAAAGGCUGUUCUGACGA